AUGGCAGAGAGACGAAAGGCGCCUAAGGUGCCUAAAGUCGCUAAAGGACAGCUACGUGUGACCGGGUUCAAGCUUCUGAAAAGUUUGAAACAAUUGAUAUCCUUGUUAGCCAAAGAUGGCCUGGGUUCGAAGACUAUUCAUGAGAUAGAGCAUAAGCAUCUGGGCUCAGGACUUCGGGCUCGACCAGACUUGAGACCGGGCGAGGAAUAUAGUCAACCAGUCCUCCGAGUUUCGGCGGUACCUCGCACUCUUACAGGGCGUGCAAACAGUGUCCCCGGUCUGAGUCCGUCUAGUGCGGCGUGGCCGGGAGCUUUUAAACCAACGCGUGAUAUUCAAGAGCAAGUCGUGACGGUCAAGGGCGUGUCGACUCUUGAGAGAAGCCAGAAGUCAAGACCUGGUGGAACCAGAAGAGCAACUACUAGAGCUAGACAAGAAGACUUGAGCACCGGUAAAAAGACGAUUGGACGAAGACUCGGGCGAAAAGUUGCCGGGGUGUUAAAACGCCGUCGCUCUUCAAUCGAAUCAGAGUCAGAUUCGAUGUCUCAAUCCAUUUUCUUCGAUGAUCCGGAUGUUGUUUCUAGUGAAGAUGACGACCCGACCUAUGUUGAAGAUGAUGACAAGUUACCCGAUGCCGACGAUGAAACAAGCGUCAACACGGCGCUCAUUUUGCUCUUGAAGGAGAUUUCGCAUCUGAUUCCGAACAUUAAGUCGGACUGGACAUUUGACCAUCUCAGCUUUUCGCCGCAAUUCAAAAAAGGUUCAUACACCGCAAUUACAGACGGCGGGCUACGAUCAAAGACGAACCAGGCUAUUAUGUACAUUGUAGAAGCUAAAAGAAGGGUCAGAUCGGCAAGAUACGAAGACAUCGUGAUGCAGGAAGGCGCCGAGCUCGUUGGCUGGAUUCAGCAUGGAGACUCUCCUCGCCCUGAACUGAAGGGACAGUAA